AUGGCCACGCUAUCCUAUGCUACCCUUAUUCUGAAUCGUCCUCAAAUAUCAGUGGUAGAUAUGAAGGAGACAGUCGCCUACUCUUCCUCGACGGAGCAUGUCUCCGCGACGCUCCCCACGUUCCGUCCCCGUCAUGUUCCCGACGUUCCCGAAGACGUCGACUUCUACAUGGAACAUUUGAACGAUCCCAAUUUCGACCUUUCCAAACGCCCACAGUCAACCGGUGGUAUCAGCUCGCACACAUUUGAGCUUGACCAGAAGAAGCGCAUCUCGAGCUCUGACAUCGACGCAGAGUCUCAAUACGACUCAGAACGCUUCUCGGAUCGUUAUACGGAGAGAGCCGAGUCUCGUAACUCUACCGCUAUUGACUUUGAUGAUGAGUCGCCUUACCCCGAAGUUCGGGCUGCCGUAGCAAGCAUCGAUGACCCAACCAUGCCCGUGAAUACAUUCCGAAUGUGGUUCUUGGGACUAUUCUUCACAAUCGCCGUGUCUGGCAUGAACCAGGUCUUCUCUACACGAUAUCCCUCCGUAUACAUUACUGGCAUCGUUGCUCAGCUUAUCGCUUUGCCUUUCGGCAAGGGUCUCGAGCGUAUCCUCCCUACCACCCGAUUCAAGACUUUCGGCUACUCAUGGUCGUUGAAUCCCGGACCCUUCAACAUCAAGGAGCACGUCUGCAUCACCGUCAUGGCUAACGUUGUCGUUGCAGGCGCAUAUGCCACAGACGUUAUUGCUACGCAGAAGAUCUUCUACAACCACCAAGUAUCGUAUGCGUACGAAAUCCUCCUUGUCCUUUCCACUCAGUGCUUCGGUUUCUGCCUUGGUGGUAUCCUUCGCCAAUUCGUCGUGUGGCCCUCAAGCAUGAUUUGGCCAGGUGCAUUGGUCAACUCUGCCUUGUUCAACACACUCCACAAGAACUACGGCAAGAGCGACCGUGGACACGUUUCCAGGGAGCGAUUCUUCUGCUACGUCCUCAUCGGUAGCUUCGUCUGGUAUUGGGUUCCGGGCUACCUGUUCACCGGCCUAAGCAUGUUCAACUGGGUAUGCUGGAUUGCCCCAGAGAACGGUGUUGUCAACACGCUCUUCGGCGCUGCUUCAGGGCUUGGAAUGGGAUUGUUUACUUUCGACUGGUCUAUGAUUUCAUAUAUUGGUAGUCCCCUCGUCACACCCUGGUGGUCGGAGAUGAACACUGCUGCCUCCCUUGUUCUCUGUUUCUGGGUUCUCGUCCCCAUACUCUACUUCACGAAUACUUGGUACUCUAAGUUCAUGCCCAUUUCCUCUUACCUCUCCUUCGACCGCACCGGCAUGCCCUACGAUCCCACUGCUAUCGUCACCAAUGGAGAAUUCGACGCAGAGAAGUAUCUCAGCUAUUCCCCGCUUUACAUGUCUACCACUCUUGCGAUUGCCUAUGGUGUUGCAUUCGCAUCCUUCGCAUCCAUCUGCGUCCAUACAUUCCUCUGGUUCCGUCGCGACAUUGCCCGCCGCCUUCGCAGCAGCCUCAAGGAUGAGCGCGAUGUUCACUCUCGUCUGAUGCAGGCUUACCCAGAGGUCCCCCAUUGGUGGUACUUGAUCAUUGGAGUCCUCUCAUUCACUUUCCUGUGCAUCGCCGUCGAGAUCUUCCCCACUCAACUUCCCAUCUGGGGUGUUGUCCUCGGCUUCGUGCUCGCUGCCGUUCUCGCGUUACCAGUUGCGAUGAUCCAGGCUAUCACCAAUCAGCACGUUGCCCUCCAGGUCAUGCAUGAGCUCAUCAUUGGAUACCUCCUCCCCGGAAAGCCCGUCGCCAACAUCAUCUUCAAGACGAUCACAUACAUUGGCACGAACCAGGCUGUCGGAUUCGCAGGAGAUCUUAAAUUAGGCCACUACAUGAAGAUCCCUCCUCGCACGAUGUUCAUGAUUCAAGUCGUUGCUGCCGUCGUCAGCUGCUUCGUCGUCACCGGUGUUCAAGACUGGAUGUUUGCUAAUGUCGUCGACAUUUGCACCCCGCAACAAACCAACGGCUUCAUUUGCCCCUCGACCAACUCCUUUGCCACCGCUUCCCUCAUCUGGGGUGGUAUUGGACCAGCUCGUCUCUUCAGCGUUGGCAAACCAUAUUCUGGCCUCCUAUGGUUCUUCCUCGUCGGAGCUCUCGCCCCCAUCCCCUUCUACUUCCUUGCACGCCGCUAUCCUCUUUCUUUCUGGCGUUACAUCAACGUACCCGUCUUCUUCGCGGGUGUCGGUGCCAUGCCCCCUGCUACCGGAAUCAACUACGCGUCAUGGGCUCUCACCGGCUUCAUCUUCAAUUACUGGGUUCGAAGAUACCACUUCCGCUGGUGGAUGCGCUUCAAUUACAUCCUAUCUGCGGGGUUGGAUGCCGGUGUCGCGCUGUCGAUGGUGGUCAUCUUCUUCUGCUUAUACUACCCGAAGGGUGGCAUAAAUCUCAACUGGUGGGGCAACACAGUAUGGAUGAACACGAAAGAUGCCAUGGGAGCACCCUUCUACAUCCUAAAUCCUGGCGAAACAUUCGGACCAGAAACAUGGUCAUAA